AUGCUUGCCAUCAUCAUCCCUGGCUCCACUUCUACAAAUUGCUGCUGCACAUCUACUUUCAUCAGUGCUGCAGUGUCCCCCAUCGCAGUCUCUCCCCGGCCAUCUACCUCAUCAGGGCUGCAGUGUCCCCCAUCGCAGUCUCUCCCCGGUCAUCUACCUCAUCAGGGCUGCAGUGUCCCCCGUCCCAGUCUCUCCCCGGCCAUCUACCUCCAUCAGUGCUGCAGUGUCCCCCAUCCCUGUCUCUCCCCAGCCAUCUACCUCCAUCAGGGCUGCAGUGUCCCCCAUCGCUGUCUCUCCCCGGCCAUCUACCUCCAUCAGUGCUGCAGUGUCCCCCAUCCCUGUCUCUCCCCGGCCAUCUACCUCCAUCAGUGCUGCAGUGUCCCCCAUCGCUGUCUCUCCCCGGCCAUCUACCUCCAUCAGUGCUGCAGUGUCCCCCAUCCCUGUCUCUCCCCGGCCGUCUACCUCCAUCAGUGCUGCAGUGUCCCCAUCCCUGUCUCUCCCCGGCCAUCUACCUCAUCAGUGCUGCAGUGUCCCCCAUCGCAGUCUCUCCCCGGCCAUCUACCUCCAUCAGUGCUGCAGUGUCCCCCAUCCCUGUCUCUCCCCGGCCGUCUACCUCCAUCAGUGCUGCAGUGUCCCCAUCCCUGUCUCUCCCCGGCCAUCUACCUCAUCAGUGCUGCAGUGUCCCCCAUCGCAGUCUCUCCCCGGCCAUCUACCUCCAUCAGUGCUGCAGUGUCCCCAUCCCUGUCUCUCCCCGGCCAUCUACCUCAUCAGUGCUGCAGUGUCCCCAAUCGCAGUCUCUCCCCGGCCAUCUACCUCCAUCAGGGCUGCAGUGUCCCCGUCCCUGUCCCUUCCCUACCUGCCUCUAACCUCAUCAGGGCUGCAGUGUCCCCCAUCGCAGUCUCUCCCCGGCCAUCUACCUCCAUCAGGGCUGCAGUGUCCCCGUCCCUGUCCCUUCCCUACCUGCCUCUAACCUCAUCAGGGCUGCAGUGUCCCCCAUCCCUGUCCCUUCCCUACCUGCCUCUAACCUCAUCAGGGCUGCAGUGUCCCCCAUCGCUGUCCCUUCCCUACCUGCCUCUAACCUCAUCAGGGCUGCAGUGUCCCCCAUCCCUGUCCCUUCCCUACCUGCCUCUAACCUCAUCAGGGCUGCAGUGUCCCCCAUCGCUGUCCCUUCCCUACCUGCCUCUAACCUCCCUGCUUCAUCCUCUCAGCCCCCAUCCUCUCAACCAACCCAGUCCUCUCAGCCCCCAUCCUCUCAGCCCCAACCCCCCCCCCCAACCCAGUCCUCUCAGCCCCCCAUCCUCUCAGCCCCCCAUCCUCUCAGCCCCCCCCCCCCAACCCAGUCCUCUCAGCCCCCCAUCCUCUCAGCCCCCCAUCCUCUCAGCCCCCCAUCCUCUCAGCCAACCCAGUCCUCUCAGCCCCCCAUCCUCUCAGCCCCCCAUCCUCUCAGCCCCCCAUCCUCUCAGCCAACCCAGUCCUCUCAGCCCCCCAUCCUCUCAGCCCCCCAUCCUCUCAGCCCCCCAUCCUCUCAGCCCCCCAUCCUCUCAGCCAACCCAGUCCUCUCAGCCCCCCAUCCUCUCAGCCAACCCAGUCCUCUCAGCCCCCCAUCCUCUCAGCCAACCCAGUCCUCUCAGCCCCCCAUCCUCUCAGCCAACCCAGUCCUCUCAGCCCCCCAUCCUCUCAGCCAACCCAGUCCUCUCAGCCCCCCAUCCUCUCAGCCAACCCAGUCCUCUCAGCCCCCCAUCCUCUCAGCCAACCCAGUCCUCUCAGCCCCCCAUCCUCUCAGCCCCCCAGUCCUCUCAGCCCCCCCCCAACCCAGUCCUCUCAGCCCCCCAUCCUCUCAGGCCCCCCCCCCCCAACCCAGUCCUCUCAGCCCCCAUCCUCUCAGCCCCCCCCCCCAACCCCCAGUCCUCUACCCAUGGCGUCACAUUCACUUCGACUGCUGUUGAUUAA